AUGGAAAUAUUGCACGGCCGCGAAGACCUCGACGAAGCCACGACAGACGGCAAGACGUUCGAUGACCUCGGCCUAGCGGAGUGGGUCGUUAGUACGUGCCGGGAGCUUGGAAUGCGGAUGCCACGACACGUGCAUCAACGUUGCAUACUGCCUGUGCUAGAGGGCCGACACGUGCUUGGCAUCAACGAGACUGGGAGCGGAAAAACAGCGGCCUUCGCUCUUCCGAUCCUGCAUCUUCUCGUUGAGCACCCCUUUGGCGUUUUUGCACUCGUAGUGACGCCCACGCGCGAACUAGCGCUUCAGCUGGCGGAGCAGUUCCGCGUUCUGGGCUCUACCGUGCACCUCCACAUCACGGUUGUGGUAGGCGGCAUGAAUAUGCUCAAGCAUGCGAAGGAUUUGAUUGCAAGGCCGCACCUCGUCAUUGCCACACUUGGGAGAAUCCACGUCUUGCUCCAUGAGAACACUGAUAUUUCUCCUGUUUUCUCCAGAACCAAGUUUAUUGUCUUGGAUGAAGCAGAUCGAAUUCUGGAUGCUUGUUUUCAGGAGGAAUUGAAAUUUAUCUUUCAAUGCUUACCUGAAAAUCAACAAAAUCUGUUCUUUUCUGCGACAACUACAAGUAAUCUGCAAAAGUUGCAAGAACUUUACCAAGAUAAGAUGUAUGUCUAUGAGGCAUAUGAAGGUUUUAAAACAGUUGAAUCACUUAAGCAACAAGUGAUAUUCAUUCCUAAAAAGGUGAAGGAUGUAUAUUUGAUGCAUAUCUUGUCAAAAAUGGAGGAUAUGGGAAUUCGGUCUGCCAUCGUGUUUAUCUCAACAUGCAGGUAUAUUUCUACAUUGUAUGUUUAGAUUCUUUGUUACCAAUUUUGUUUUCUAUAUUAUGGUUUGUUAUUCAUUUUUAUGCUACGUCCAUAUCUAUAUAUUUUUGUGGUGCUAUAGGAAAAUG